AUGCAAUCAGCACAAAGAGAUAAUAAGCGUUCCACUUCUCGUCCACGUGGCGGCCGUAAUGCUGCUGGCAGCAAGCCUGAGCGUUCCCCACGUCAGAAUAAUGAAAAACCACAACAGCCACAAGAUGGCCAACCACAACGCCAGGAAAGGAGGCCAAACAACGACAGACUACGCCGCCCACGUCUUAACAACAUCCAUCUCAAUCGCGACAUCAAAGAUAUUAAAUUGAACGAUGAACAGACAGCUUUAGUUCGCGAACUUGACCAGAAGAUUGCAGACAUUGGUGAGGUUGUCAUCCCUCCAAGCGAAGAGAUCGAAAAGCUCAGAGAGGAAUACGAAAAAAAGAUUUCCACUCUUAGAGGCAGAAUCGAAAGCCACUAUAUUCAGUUAGAUGAAGUCCAGAAGCGCCAGGAAGCCUUCGAAGCCAAGGCCAACCCACACAAGAAGGAGUUCGAUGAGACAGAUGCUAAAAUUAAAGAGAUCGAUGCUGAACUUAAUCCACUCAAUGCAAAGUUGAACGAAAUCAGAGCAGCCAAGAACGAACUUUUCGGCAGAAAGAAGGACCUUAAGGAUAAGAUUCCAGGCAGAUCCCUCGAUGAUAUCGACGACCAGAUUGAUCAGCUCGAAUACGAAAUCGAAACACAGACAUUAUCCAAUACUCAUCUCAAGAGCAAGCUUGCCAAGAUCGAAUCCCUCAAGAAGGCUCGUGGCCAGUUCUCUGGCUUCGCUACAAUCGACCAGCAGAUUGACAAGUAUAAGGGCACAGAAGAUGAACUCUACCAGCGCAGAAAGGUUCUUACAGAGGCUAAGAACAAGCUCUGGGCCGCCCGUAAGCAAUUCUUUGGCGAGAAUAAGGAGAACAAGGAUCAGCGCAACAAAUUCUACGAAGAGCGCAAGGGCAUCUACGACAACCUUACAAAGGCUAGAAACGAGCUCAAGGAACAGAUCAACAGCCGCAAGAAGGCAGUCGACGAAUUCUGGGCUCGCAAGAACAAGGCCUUAGACAAGCGUACAGAGCGCAGUAAACUCAUGAACCGCCGCCUUCAGAUCUACAAGGAAGCCGAAGAUCGCAUGGAGUUAAUCGAAAUCCGUGCACAGAAGGCUGGAACAAUCCAUGAGGUCAAGAAUCCAAACGAGGAAAAGAUCAACGCUGCCCGCUCUCUUAUUUCCUUCCUUCAGGCUGUCAUCGCCCUCGACGAUGUCGCUAAGGAGGAAGACCAGACAGUCGUCUUAGGCAAGGCCACAAAGUCUGCCGCUCUCAGCCUCAUCAACUCUGUCAAGAAGCAGUCUAAGAAGGAGAAGCUUGCUGCUAAGAAUUCAAAGAAGGCUGAAGAGAGCAAGAAGGAGGCAAAGCUCGAGCUUUCUCUCCAGGCAAUCCAGCAGUUCACACUUACUGGUGUUACACAGCCAACUACUAUCGAACAGAUCCCAGACGUUAUCAACCAGCUCAAGGCUAAGGAUCAGGAGUGGAGCGAUGCUUUCAUCAAGCUCGUACUUAACUUCGAUAUCAACGAGGAUGGUUCAGUUAAGUCCACAAUCAAGUUCGCAUAA